GCGGACCGUCAAAGAGUGUUUUUAAUGUCCGCCAUGUUGGCCAUGGCGCACUGAGCCUGGAAUCUGGGACCGGAGCGCGCUGGAAGCAUACACCGAGAGAGAGCGACCGCCACCCGGCCUCGCGCCUCUGCUCGCACCGCCACCUCCACCGACCGACCCGUGCACUGCUGGACACCGAACCGGCAUUAUCCAUGAGAACUUUAAUCGGACCAGUUGGGAACAUUAGGGGAUCGGAUAGAUUUAUGCUGCAUCUCGAAUUAUAAAGAAUAAAAUGAGUAAACUGUCGUUUAGGGCGCGGGCGCUGGACGCUUCCAAGCCUCUACCCGUCUUCCGCUGCGAGGACCUGCCCGACCUGCACGAAUAUGCGUCUAUUAACCGGGCAGUGCCACAGAUGCCCACGGGGAUGGAGAAGGAGGAGGAAUCGGAACACCAUCUCCAGCGGGCGAUCUCUGCUCAGCAAGUGUACGGGGAGAAGAGGGAUAACAUGGUGAUUCCCGUCCCAGAGGCUGAGAGCAACAUCGCCUACUAUGAGUCCCUCUACCCGGGGGACUUCAAGAUGCCCAAACAGCUCAUUCACAUACAACCAUUCAGUCUGGACACGGAACAGCCAGAUUUUGAUCUGGACUCUGAUGAUGACACAUUUGUUAAUAAGCUGAAGAAAAAGAUGGACGUGGGAGCCCUGCAGUUUGAAGAAAUGAUUGACCGACUGGAGAAAGGCAGUGGAAAGCAGCCGGUGUCUCUGCAGGAGGCCAAGCUCUUGUUGAAGGAGGAUGAUGAAUUGAUAAAGGAGGUGUUUGAGUACUGGAGCAGGAAAAGGAAAGCCUGUCAGAGUGGCUCUUUCAUCCCUGUUGUCAAACAGGAGAAGCGUGACAACUCCAGCACCAGUGACCCCUACAUUGCCUUCAGACGCAGGACUGAGAAGAUGCAGACCAGAAAGAAUCGUAAGAAUGAUGAAGCUUCUUACGAGAAGAUGCUGAAGCUGCGUAGGGACCUGAGCCGAGCUGUUACAAUCCUGGAGAUGAUCAAGAGGCGAGAGAAGAGCAAAAGAGAGUUGUUGCACCUCACGCUUGAGAUCGUAGAGAAGAGGAACAGCAUGGCUGAUUUUGGAGGGGAGGUGAUGGCAGAGGUUCUGGCUCAGAGAGCUCUGGAGAAGCCCGUCAUCCCGCUGAUACCAAUCACCAACAGCACCCAGUACAGACACACAGAGCACGACCGGGACUACAAGAGCAAGGUGGAUAAGCCAGAGGUUGUACGGCAGAAGAGGAAGUAUGAGAAGAAGGCAAAGCCGUUGCCCUUGGCAGGCUCCGCCCACUCAGGCCUAGCUGUUUUUAACGCUAAAGACCUCAAUCAGUAUGACUUUCCCAGCUCAGAUGACGAACCCUCCCAGAUGUUCUCUGGUUCUUCAGAGGUUGAGGAGGAGAAUGAUCCAGAUGGUGUGUUUGCCUUCCGGAGGAGAACAGGCUGUCAAUAUCAUGCUGUGCGUUCAGGACCCACAGGGGAUUGGCCCUGGACAGACCCAACUGAGGGCGGGAUAGGAGAUGUGCGGUAUCGCUAUUCUCUCACCAUGCUCACGGUGCCACGGCGAUGCCUGGGAUUGGCACGGCGGCGAGUAGGCAGAGGGGGCAGGGUGUUAUUGGACCGAGCCCACUCUGAUUGGGAUUCUGUGUAUCAUGGGCUGGACCCGGAUUCCCCCGUGUUCCCCUCACUAUCUCCCAGCCCGCUGCCCAGCACGGAUACCUCACACAUCAGCACAGAUACCUCUGCCCCCUCCUCAUCUCCACUUGACCUCACACAACUCCUGCUCAACAUCAAAGCCUGUCGCUGGAGGCAUUUCAAGCCUCGGACAGCACCGCCAGACGAUCCCGACAAUCCUGAGCACUGGUCCACAAGGAGACCCCGUCGAGGCUUCCUCAUCCGCCCAAUCAGCACGCUUCGAACACGGGGAGGCCCCGCCUUCAGCCGACCACCUGCACCGGCUUUCAACGCUGAGCAGUACCAGCAACACCAGGAGCAGCUCGCACUGAUGCAGAAACAACAACUUGAACAGGUCCAACUACAGCAGCAGACCGGCAGCACAGCAGUCACAAACAACCCACAAAGUAUAGUGUCAAAGACGAUAGACGCUGCCAGUGCUCAGUUUGCUGCCUCUGCGCUGGUGACCCCUGACCAGCUGAUGGCACUAAAAAGUAAAGAGGAGGGAGUUGGUGUCAAUGGAGUCGUCUCUGCUUCUGGUGUCUAUAAGGGUUUACAUUACACAAGCUCUGCAGGGUCCAUCCAUCCGUCUGCUGGCCCUAUCUCCACCUCAUCCCCCUCCCCUUCUGCCACCACUAACAACGGAACCUCCUCGACCAAUCAUCACGUCAGUACGACCGGCCCUGCCCCUGCUCAAGCACUGAUGGGCGGGGCUGUGAGAGUGAGCGUUUCCUCACCAGCAGGCACCUUGAGUGUGCAACAGCUGCUCACUGUUCCCACCUCUGCCCUAAAACUUGCUGCCAAUGCUAACAGACCCAUCCCUAAGGUCACCACAGGGUCAACUACCCUCGACAUGGGGCUUAGGGAAAAUCACGAUCAAGAAAAACCUCCCUUAAACAGUCUUGCAGACAACACAGUCGCCAUGGAGGUUACGUAGCCCCGCCCCUUGAACUCUCACACCACCCCUCAAUCGAGGCGUCUCCUUUAGGUGCUAUGCAUCGUAGCGACGCUGUUUCUCCAUGGCAGCCGUUGGGACUUAAUUGCAAUGCUCAUCUUUUUUUUUUUUUUUUUUAUGUUUUUGUUACUGUUAAUAAGAUAUCAACAUCUGUAAAUUAUGAAAUACAGAAAUUAUUCUAUGUACAUACAUAUUUGUAAUACACCCCUUGUAUAUAACAUUACUUGAAUACAGAAAUUGUUCAUUUGUGAUGUUUUGCACUUGGGGAAAAAAAUCAGAAUUUUUCAUAGUUUGUGUGUGUGUGUAAGAGAUUGUGAAUGUUAGCUGUUUGUGUGACUGUCAGACUGUAUCUGAAUGUGGGUGUAUGUGUCACAUGCAUGGUGCAAAACCUGCUGUUUUAUCUAUUUAUUGUGAGGUGUUUACAAUUUAGUUUUUUCAUCAAUUCUUAUUUUUAAUACACUGUAACCUCCUGGGUUUCUGAGCAGUGUGUGUGUGUCUGCGAGUGUAGCUAAAACCGUUUUAUGUGAACAUCUCUUGUUGGAAAAAGCAGCAGGGGUUUCUCUCUCACUCACUGUCUUUCUCAUGUGGCUGCUCCCACUCCACUCAAGCACUAUUUUUUUUUUUUGUAUUUUUUUUUGUAUUUUUUUAAAUCAGUGCUGCUUUUGUAUGUUCUAAGAUUUUUUUUUUUUUUUUUCUUUUUUUUUAGCAGAAUCUGAUAGCCCCCUUUUUUUUUUUAUUAUUUUUUUUUUUUUUUUUUUUUUUUAUAGGAGUUUAUAAAACUUAAAAUGGGUUUAUUUUCAUUACCUCUUAUGAUGACUGAUUGUAUGUCCCCUGUGCUGAGCAGUGAGUUUAUCUGUGUGUAACACAUUAAUAAGGGAGAGGACUACAGUGAUAUCUCAGUAUGUUUUUUUUUUUUUUUCAUCAGCAUUCCACUUUAUAUGAAAAUAAGGAAAAUGAACAAAAAAUUAACUUUGUUUCCUGUAAGACUUUAUGGUGGUGCCCUUCCAGUAGCGCCAGCAUGAGCUCUCUUCUGUGAAGAGGACGGUACCUCACAAGGCUACUCGUAGUUGUUUGUAUGUACCACAAUCUGAAUGCCCGUUCCAAUGGCAUCAUCCAUCUAUUUUUUUUUUUUUUUUGUCCCACCUGGAAGAAUGAAUAAUAAAAAAAAAAAAUAAAAAAAAAUUUAUAUGAAAAAAAAAAAGUUUAAUAAACCCAGGGCAUUAAGUGUUUGACCAGCA